UUAGCUGACACGCCUCUUCUCCUUCAUUACCUUUAUUUUGCUUUUUUUUGUUAAAUGAAAUUAUUUGUUUUCAUUUUUUUUAUCAUCUCAGUCCCUUGGAAUUGAAAAAAUAGACAACAACAAUUAACCAAUUUUAAUUUACUUUUGGUUAUGAGUGAGAAAAAGUACCAUUGCCCGGUGGAGGGCUGUUCUUUUUCAGAGCAAAAGGGUAAACACUUUAAGCGCAAAAUGUCCAUUGAUCAGCAUUUCCUCAACUGUCACUCUGAGCGAAAGUACAAAUGCUUCAAUUGUGACAAAAGCUACGCUAUCGAUUGGCAGUUAAAGUAUCACCUUAAAACCUGUGGUCUAAUCUGGAAGUGCCUAACAUGUGACAAAUUUUACAAAGAAAGAUUGUCUCUGAUUACCCACUGUACUCGGCACUCUCAUGUUUUACCUGAUGAAGCUCGUCGUCGUAAAACGAAAAGUAAAAAGGAAGAUAAAUCAAGCAGUAGUACCAACAACAGUCACAGUGGUGGAAGUAGUAAAGAUACACAAGUGAUGAUUCUUCCCGUUAUGAUGCCAACCGCUCAGACAACUGGAAACAAUAGCAGCCAUAACAACCAAACCUCAAGCUCAUCAUCAUCUCGACAUCACCAUCAGUCAACUACUUCGUCUUCUUCGUCCUCUUCAAGCUCAUCCUCGCGACACCAUCAUCAUCAUCAUCAUCAAUCUCCUCAUCAAGCACCCAAACAGUUACAACAACCCAAUCCUAAUCGGGCUCACCACCAUCAUCCUCCUCAACAUCUUCCCAAGCCUCCAUUUCAAAAUCCAAUUGCACCACCAACAGUUGAUUAUCAUCAAUUAAAUCAAAGGAUCAAUAUAGCAGAACUGUAUGCAAAUUUACCGCAAAUGAUGGAUCCAAAUUCGGGUUAUAUGAGAGAUACUAGUGGACAGUCCGAUGUUGAACAUUUGAAACACGGUUUACAUCAUUUUGCUCCACCUCGAGCUCACCUUUGGUCAACUUCUGAUUGUUAAAA